AUGAUCGUGGACAAGCUGCUGGACGACAGCCGCGGCGGAGAGGGGCUGCUGGACGCGGCCGGCGACUGCGGCCUCAUGACCAGCCCGCUCAACCUGGCCUACUUCUGCGGCCCGUCGCCGCCCGCCGCCGCCCCCGGCGCCUGCGACGGGGGCUGCUCGGCGUCUGGGCCCUCGGCGCCAGGCUCGCCGGGCUCUGACUCCUCCGACUUCUCCUCCGCCUCGUCCGUGUCCUCCUGCGGGGCGGUGGAGUCCCGGCCGAGAGGCGGCGCCCGCGCCGAGCGGCUGCAAGUUGAGCCCCAUAUGGGGGUUGUAAGGCAGCAGAGAGGACCCUUUCAAGGUGUUCGUGUGAAGAACUCGGUGAAGGAACUCCUGUUGCACAUCCGAAGUCAUAAACAGAAGGCUUCCGGACAAGCUGUCGAUGAUUUUAAGAACCAAGGUGUGAACAGAGAGCAAUUCACAGGUACAGAUUUGAAGAACACAGUAUCAUAUAGUGGGAAAAGGAAAGGCUCUGAUCCUCUGUCUGAUGGACCAGCUUGCAAAAGAUCAGCUUUGUUACAUACCCAGUUUUUGACACCGCCUCAAACACCCACACCCGCAGAGAGCAUGGAAGAUGCCCAUCACAGCGACUCCAAGCAGGACAGCUGUGCCGAUCUGCUUCAGAACAUUAUCAACAUUAAGAACGAACGCAGCCCGGUUUCCCUGAACACUGUCCAAGUUAGCUGGAUGAGCCCCGUGGAGGCCUCUCAGGGAUCCCCCCACGAGCAGUGUCAGGAGCUCCACAGAGGGCCGGUCUUCUCUCCACCUCAGAAAUACCAGCCCUUCCAAGUCGGCAGCUCCCCACACGUGAUGGAUCAGGCUCCCGUGUACCAGUAUUCACCACAGAACCAGAGCGUGCAGCCGCCGCCCCAGCACUACGCCCACGGUCCAGCCCUGGAAUACAGCCCUUAUUCCAGAACUGCCCAGUCCCCCAGCUAUGAGCCACACUUGUUUGGUCGAGAACCACAGUUCUGCCUGGACCAGAGUUUUGCACCCCUCCUAAGUGAUCCCCGGGAAUCUGAGAAUAUUGCCGUUCCCCCUCAGACUGUUCCCAGCGUUCAGCAGCCAAUUGACACCCACCUGCAGAAUUUCAACCUGAUGCCACCAGGCGCCUGUGAGGCCCUGGCAAGGCCGGGUACAGGCUCUACCCCUUUAAGCACACCGCUGCCCUUCCCGAACCUUGGCGGAAAUCCAAUGAAUACCACACAGUUAGGGAAAUCAUUUUUUCAGUGGCAAGUAGAGCAGGAAGAAAACAAAUUGGCGAAUAUCUCCCAAGACCAGUUUCUUUCAAAGGAUGCAGAUGGUGACACGUUCCUGCAUAUUGCUGUUGCCCAAGGGAGAAGGGCUCUUUCCUAUGUCCUUGCAAGAAAGAUGAAUGCGCUUCACAUGCUAGAUAUUAAAGAGCACAAUGGACAGAGUGCCUUCCAGGUAGCAGUGGCCGCCAAUCAGCACCUCAUCGUGCAGGAUCUAGUGACCCUCGGGGCGCAGGUGAACACCACUGACUGCUGGGGGAGAACACCCCUGCACGUGUGUGCGGAGAAGGGCCACUCCCAAGUGCUUCAGGCAAUUCAGAAGGGAGCAGCAGGGAGCAACCAGUUUGUGGAUCUGGAGGCAACUAAUUAUGAUGGCCUGACCCCUCUACACUGCGCAGUCUUGGCCCACAAUGCCGUGGUGCACGAACUCCAGAGAAAUCAACAGCCCCACUCACCUGAAGUUCAGGAGCUUUUGCUGAAGAAUAAAAGUCUAGUUGAUACAAUUAAGUGUCUGAUUCAAAUGGGAGCAGCAGUGGAAGCUAAGGACCGUAAAAGUGGCCGUACCGCCCUGCAUCUGGCAGCUGAAGAAGCAAACCUGGAACUCAUUCGCCUCUUUUUGGAGCUGCCCAGCUGCCUGUCUUUUGUGAAUGCAAAGGCUUACAAUGGGAACACCGCCCUCCAUGUCGCCGCCAGCCUGCAGUAUCGGGUGACGCAGCUGGAUGCAGUCCGCCUGUUGAUGAGGAAGGGAGCAGACCCAAGUACUCGGAACUUGGAGAACGAACAGCCAGUGCAUUUGGUUCCUGAUGGCCCUGUGGGAGAGCAGAUCCGACGUAUCCUGAAGGGAAAGUCCAUUCAGCAGAGAGCUCCACCGUAUUAGCUCCCUGGGUUUGGAGCCUGGUCGGCAAUACUCACUGUCAGUUAGGCAGUCCUAUUGUAUCUGUACAUAGACCAUUUGCUUUGUAUUGGCAAAUGUAAGUUGUUUCUAUGAAACAAACAUAUUUAGUUCACUAUUAUAUAGUGGGUUAUGUUAAAAGAAAAGGAGAAAAAUACCUAAUUCCUCUUGGCAGAUUUUAAUAUUUCAUGCCCAGGUAUCUGGGAUCUAGACAUCUGAAUUUAAUUAUGGUAAAAUCGACUUCAAUUAACAGUAGCUUUUUGGCCCUGAUUUGUGGUAUCAGGUACUACUCAUGUAGCUAUCGCCAGUUUAAAAGGAGAAUCGUUGACUUUUUUUUGAAGAAAAAUGAAAGCAUUUGAAAGUUAAAAAGUAAAUCUGGACAUAGCCUUGAGGCUUCAUUUGGCCUGAUACAUACAGUACCUGAUAGUUACCGGUGUUGGAAAGUAUCUGUAGUAACUGGACUGGAUGAAAGGUACCAUGGUUAAAGUUUGAUCUUUGAAGAUUGUAUAUAAUUUUUAUUUUUGUCUUUUAAAAUAUUUUACAUAUAUGGUCAUUAACAUGACCACAUUUGAAAUGUAUAUAUCAAUAAAAUAGAAAAAAACAAGUGGAUUUUCACUGUUUUUAAAAAUUAUUUGCCUUCAAAGGAGCUUUGUAAGCACCACCUCUGUAGAUGAAACAGAUGGAGAAUUGUUCCCUUAGUGGCUGGUAGAGCUCUGGCUUGUAAGCAUGCUUUCAGAUGAGAUGUAUUAUUUGUAGGGAACUGCAUGCUAUUAAAGAGAACACCUCUUUAAGAUUCGCUUUCUAGAAUUUUGACUUCCUGCUCUGUUGGAAUUCUUGUUUUGACUUUAUAAGAACAACAGAAAGUCAGUAUUGAAACAUGUUUUACUGGUUUUCUGUUGUCAGAUAAUGAUAAUGCACCAAGAUGUUCUAUAUUACCAUUCAGAAAAAAAUGUUUUUUAGUAACUUUAAUUAUAUUAAUAUUAUUUUGCUUAUCUCUUGCAUACUCUGAGGAACAUAUUUGGCUUUGAUUGCACAUUAAUUCUUGGUAAUAAAUUUGAUUUAUGAAAAACCUCUAUCUUUUUUUCUUUUAAAUGAGAAGUGUCAUAAGCAAUUGACUGACUAAUCGUCUUUGUAGUUAAGUACUUAAAUCCUUUUAAAAUAGAUAACCUUUGGAUCGAUCACAUUGUUUGACCCAGUAUGUCUUGUGGACAAAAGUUAGUUAUGGUUAUUUGGUAUCUGAAAGUAUGGUUGUUAUGUGAAUCUGUCCAUUCACAAUGGAAAUACUCAUACAUUGCUUUAAAUAAACAUUAAUUGAAUAAUACUGUU